AUGCACUACUACGUAGAGUACACGGUCCAAGUUUGCUCUGCUGACUGUACCAAAGAUAGCCCCUGGCAUUGCCCCCUUCCAAAACCGAUUCCCUUUAAAAGCCCGUGGACCCAUCCCCUCAUUGCCCGAUCGCUCACAGAAUUCUCGAUCUCUACACCGUACUCUGUGCACUACUCCCUAGCACUGAUCGUCGUCGCCCGCCUCCUUCAUCAAUCGCCCCACUUUUACACACGUCCUCCAUCGUUCUCACUCUCACUCCCAUUCUCACUGCUCAGCGUGACUGGCUCUCAUCCGUCAUCGGAAUUCAGUCCGUCUUCUCUCCGAGAGCGCCGCUUCGGCCCGAUGGCUUGCACCAGUACCCAUUCUCCCGUCCGAACCGCCACCACCAUAGACGUCGAGAUACCUAUUUUGACCACUGACCUGGUCCCCAUUGGCCAAUGCCAAUCGAGCGAUGUGGAGUGUCCCUCCGACACUUUGGUUCCCCUGUCCCUGAACCAAUUGAAAGCGGGCGAGGUCAUCCAACGGGUUCGUCACUCGGACUCCUCUUACUGUACAUGCGGACGGGCAUGUCUAGUGACACACACUACUGCGGGAAUACUGACAGGCCAUCAUCUCCAGAUGCGCGGCGAUGCGAAUAGCCUCCUUUGCAACAUCCAGGGCCUGCUCCAGUACCACACCCUCUCCGCCGUCGACGGCGGCCACGUCCUCCCCAGCACCAUCCUCGGCAACCCCAAGCUCCUCGACGUGCAGCGGCUGUCGCGGGGCAUCUCGGAGAACAUGGGCGAGCUCGUCGCGCUCUCGCACAGAGAAGCCAGGGAAACGAUGCGCGACCUCGGACAGGCCCGCGUGCUGCGGCACCCCUACCGCCACGACUACCGUGUCGCGGAUCAUCACCACCACCACAGGGCCGCCCGUCGUCACCCCACAACGCCGGGGGGCGACCCGAUCCAGCUCGUCUGCCACGCUUGCAACACCCGGCGCACGCCCAAGUGGCGCGCCGGCCCUGCCGGCCCCUGUACCCUGUGCAACGUGUGCGGGCUGUUGCAUGCCAUGCGGCUGCGGAAGCAGGGCCGCUCCCGGAGCAAGAAGGCCUCGGCGUCGUCGUCGUUCGUCUUGUGA